AUGCGCUUGUCCUGUCCGUCAACGGAACAGUCUCGCAGCGAGUCGGACUGGUCGCCGCAGGAUGAAGAAGGUUCUCAACAUUCCGGGAACUGCGCUGGAGUUGCUUCUCCCAUUACCGACGACGGCCACGAAGACGACGGCAUUGACACUUGCGGCAUUUUGACACAUACUCGACAGCUAACCGCUGACCCGAGCACGGUCAUGACAGCUGCCCGACCGGACAACCAAAUCAUUACAUCAUACAACUUUGAAGCGAGCCUCUCUUCCUACCAUAUUCCUGCCUAUAACCCCCACCAGUCGCACCGGUCGCCAACCUCAGAGCAUUACGGCGAAGACAGCGAUGAGGACAUGAGCGAUACCGAAGGCGGCGUCUCCCUCAGUCAAGUUACGUCUGCGACCAAUAUCGAAGACCAUACCGUCCCAGAUAUCGUUAGUGCUGGUGUCGACUACGGCCAAGGCGAAGGCAGCGACCACGAGUACGACUUCGACGGUGAUCUUGACCUUGCCGCCCACCACUCGGACAACGAUGACCCUGUUCCGACCCAACCUUUCGAUCCCUAUCUCAACUUCAACGGCCCGCCAAACUUUCCUGUACACCUGCAUACCCUUUACGGGGCUGCAUAUAUCAUGGGGACUGAAUUUCCUUCCCAGGCAUGGGCUGGCGCAAAUGGCCCUCAUGGCAUUGUUCCCGUACUAGACGUGGACAUGACAGAAUUGGACGAUGCCACGAAUGCGUUACCGCCUGUCCAACUCAGCAACCCCAAUCCAAGUAUUCCCGGAGCCGAAAAUCUUGGUCUACUUGAUUUCCUCCGCACCUGGGCUUAUCAGGGCAGCUUUCCUGACAGCCCUCGAUGUCGUCCACCGCAUCUCCACAAAGUAAUCAAACAAGCCCACGCACCGGUGAAGGAGGUCAAUUAUUCAGAUCUUGAUGGCGAUGACUGUGAUAUGCAAGGCUUGAACUGGACGACAAUGGAGACCACCCGGAGCAACGCGAGAGCAACACGCUAUCGCACCUACAAAAACUACGUCAAUCAUCAAGGAUCCGACGUUUUGACGCCGCACAUGGAUGAUGAGUCUAUUCCUUCAUCUGACAGCUUCUUCCGCUUCAGAAGAAUGAAUAUUCGACAAGACGUUCACCUAGCGCACUUCCAGCUCCGGAAUGUCUUGGCCUGCCCUUCAAGAACACACGCGUAUUAUCCCAGCCCUGUGGGUGUGAAUAGGACCAACACAAUUUCACGCACAACCGACGUCAUCAUGAGCAUUCGAGACUUUCCCACAAUGGGCGCCGCAUUGUCAAGCUUGGAUGCUGCUUGUGGUGUAUUGAUGGGUGGAACUUUUGGCGGCGAUUAUUAUCUUAAAUCCCUAGAUUGUGACGACAAGACAAGGUUCACCGAAGGUCAAAUAACAUCAGACUUUAGCGGCAUCACCAACCACAUAAAGAUUUACCGGCCGCGACGUUCCUGCGGCCCUGUGGCAGCCAUCGCCAGUAACGAUUGUGGAUUUCGAGUCAUGGACAUUGGUACGGAGCACUUUAUUUCAGAGUCGAUGUAUCCAUUUGCUCUCAACUGCUCAGCAUUAUCACCGGAUCACCGCCUUCGCGUGCUUGUAGGUGACAGUUCCGAGGCCCUCAUUACAAAUGCAGACACUGGGGAGGUGUUACAAAAGCUUGCCGGACAUCGGGAUUACGGCUUCGCCUGCGAUUGGUCUGAAGAUGGGAGGACGGUAGCAACCGGCUUCCAGGAUCGUGGCGUCAAGAUAUGGGAUGCACGGCGAUGGUGCAACUCAAGUGGUAUUAGCACGCCGUUGUGUACCAUCCGAUCAGAGAUGGCAAGUGUGCGAGGGUUACGAUUUUCACCCCUGGGCAGUGGCAAACCGAUCUUAGUCGCCGCCGAGGAAGCGGAUUACAUCAAUUUCAUCGAUGCCCAAACAUUUGCCUCGAAGCAGACAAUUGACGUUUUUGGCGAGAUUGGCGGGAUCGCAUUUGCAAAUGACGGGCAAGAUAUCAAUAUUUUAUGCUGCGAUAAGCACCGCGGUGGUCUGCUGCAGUUGGAACGUUGCGGGCGUCGGCCGGAGCCGUUGCUCGAGAAUCUGGAGCACCACCGAUUGCCACGAUAUCGAUAUCUGGCGGAAGAUGACGAAGCACAAUUUGAGGACAAAUGGGCUCGCAGCCGUAGAUCGGCUUUUUAUGACAAAACGCUGGAGCCAUUCUAG